AUGCCACCUUCGACUGCUCAGCUUGAUGCUCAAAUACUCUAUCUUGUUGCGCAACAAUUGGCGAAUGAUGUUGAGACCGAAGGCUCUAUAGGGAUUGACAGCGGAUGUCGCUUCUUCCGAACUGCACGAUACACCCUACGCACCUUGCGGCUGACCUGUCGAUACUUCGCUAAAAUGGGCAUCAUAAACUCCGUCCUAUUUGGUCAUAUCACAUUGCGCGCAACUCAAAAACAACUGUCCCGCGUCCUGGAGAUGUCCUUUGCGUGGAUUGGACGAUUUGUGACGGAGGUCACCUUCAAGCCAUCUUUAUGUUCGCCAGAAGUCACCUUGGCAGAUUUCGAGCUGAUAAAAGCUAUAUACAAAUGUCAACUCAGUCCGUCUCACCUUUUUCGCACCGCACAGUGGCAGGAGAUUUGGCAUAUGUAUCCCCAGGCCGGCUCUCACUUUCCUGCCGUCAUGGGCAAUUUCAAAGCCGCCUAUAUCUUCUAUACAAAAUGUGCGAUUAACGACAUGAACAUUGUACAGAACGGAAGCCUGCAGCGUGCUUGGAUCACGGUCCUGAAGACAUUCUCGAACGCGUCAUCCUUCGUCAUUGGCAACGUCCCUGGUUUCUGGCCCGUAUGGGUCUAUGAUUAUGAUAUCGCCCCAAACCAGCAAUGCGUGUUCUGCGAGGAAAACAUUGGCGCCCUCAGCAAGAUGAGCUCUUUUGGUGAAGGCAUGCUCUUCAGAGCUGUCACAGAAUGUCUCGCGUCCGCUCAUGUGCGGAUUGGAAACCUCAUGCUUGACUGCAACGUCCUGCGUGCCGACAAACUCGAGGAUUUAUGGAUCUCUCAGCUUCGCCUAGAUCAAAUGACCCAGCUAACUCUUUACGAGGCGCCCUAUUUCCUGUGUCAACCUCUUGAAGUGGACGAAGAAAUCGAAAAUCAAAGCAUCAGACGUGCUGGGUUGUUGUCCUCUGCUCUCGUGAAAGGGGCUCAGAACAGUCUUCGCGUAUUGAGCAUAGAAAACUCGGAAAAGGACAACGUAUCCCACAUUCCCUGGCAUAGGCACCUGGAUAUGAACCUGCCGGCUCUUCGCUCGCUGUGUCUGACGAAUGUGAUAUUCCCUGUCGCAAUGCUGGAAAGGACAUUAGAGGAGUGUCGCAGACUACGGUGUCUCCAUUGGGAAGUUUGCGUGUUUUUUGACGAUUCUGGUCCGUCGAAGACUUUCUUCAACGCGAUUCGUCAACACCCCAAUUUGUUGCAACUUCACUUCAGGAAUCUUCUCUCCUGGGAGGGCGGUUGUGAUGUCGAACUCCAGAAUUGUCAAAUUUUUAGCGAGCCAACUCCCCUUCCGGGCAGCCUCGAAGGCGAGUACGAGAUGCAGAAGAGCCUUCGUCUGUACCUUGCUGGGCAGGGAGAAUGGGACGAUCACUUACAACGGUGGUUUCCGGAAGACUGAAGCCUUUGAGUGCGAAGUUGCUUUUCCACGGCUGGCAACCAUGACUGUCACAAGUGCCGCGGAGACUGGACGAGCAAGCCAGGCCUCUCUCUCUAUUUGUCAUGUCUGCG